UCCCUUCUGCGGGGCCUCCAGACAGGGCUGGCCGUUCCAGUCGGCAUGGAGAGGCUUCAGAGCUCCACCUGGGUCUUCAUGCUGCUGCUGCUUAUGGUGUUGAUCCUGAGUCCAGCUUGGCACGUAUCUGCCCAGCGAUGCCCACAGACCUGUGUCUGUGACAACUCCAGACGCCAUGUUACCUGCCGGCACCAGAACCUCACCGAAGUGCCAAACGCCAUCCCUGAGCUCACCCAGAGGCUGGACCUCCAGGGCAAUAUGCUGAAGGUCAUCCCUGCAGCUGCCUUCCAGGCCCUGCCUUACCUCACACAUCUGGAUCUGCAGCACUGUCAGGUGGAGCUGGUGGCCGAGGGGGCAUUCCGUGGCCUGGGCCGCCUGCUCCUUCUCAACCUGGCUUCCAACCGCCUGAGCACACUGCCCCAGGAGGCACUGGACGGACUGGGCUCACUGAGGCGCUUGGAGCUGGAGGGGAACAUGUUGGAGGAGCUGCGGCCCGGGACCUUCGGCGCCCUGGGCUCGUUGGCCACUCUCAAUUUGGCCCACAAUGCCUUGGUCUACCUGCCCGCCAUGGCUUUCCAGGGGCUGAUGCGCACUCGCUGGCUGCAACUGUCUCACAACGCACUCAGCGUGCUGGCCCCCGAGGCUCUGGCCGGCCUGCCGGCGCUGCGCCGCCUCAGCCUGCACCACAAUGAGCUGCAGGCUCUGCCCGGGGCCGCCCUGUCCCAGGCCCGCAGCCUGGCGCGUCUGGAGCUAGGCCACAACCCGCUCACCUACACGGGAGAGGAGGAUGGCCUGGCGCUGCCCGGCCUGCGGGAGCUCGCCCUGGACCACGGGUCCCUGCAGGCCCUAGGCCCCCGGGCCUUCGCCCACUGCCCGCGCCUGCACACCCUCGACCUCCGCGGGAACCAGCUCACCACUCUGCCCCCGCUGCAGGUCCCGGGUCAGCUGCGCCGGCUGCGGCUGCAGGGCAACCCACUGUGGUGCGCCUGCCAUGCGCGGCCCCUGCUCGAGUGGCUGGUGCGCGCUCGAGUGCGCUCCGACGGCGCGUGCCGGGGACCGCGGCGACUGCGAGGCGAGGCCCUGGAUACGCUGCGGCCUUCAGACCUGCGCUGCCCGGGAGACGCGGCGGAGGACGAGGACGAAGACCGGCAGGCCGGUCCUCGCGCCCCUCCUCGCUCCCCGCACGAAGAGGCCGCGUGGGCCACGCCCUGCCCUCCCGCCUGCGUGUGCGUCGCGGAGACUCGGCACAGCGCUUGCGACGGCCGGGGCCUCCAGGCCGUGCCCCGCGGCUUCCCCAACGACUCCCAGCUCCUGGACCUGAGGCGCAACCACUUCCCCUCGGUGCCCCGCGCGGCCUUCCCGGGCCUGCGCCACCUGGUGUCGUUGCACCUGCAGCACUGCGGCAUCGCGGAGCUGGAGCCGGGCGCCUUGGCGGGCCUGGACCGCCUGGUCUAUCUCUACCUCUCCGACAACCAGCUCUCGGGCCUGAGCGCUGCAGCCCUCGAAGGGGCCCCCCACCUGGGCUACCUGUACCUGGAGCACAACCGCUUCCUGAGGAUCCCAGGGGCGGCUCUGCGUGCCCUACCCAGCCUCUUCUCCCUACACCUUCAGGACAACGCGGUGGACCGCCUGGCGCCCGGGGAUCUGGCAGGAGCGCGGGCUUUGCGCUGCCUUUACCUGGGUGGAAAUCACAUCACCCAGGUUUCACCUGGGGCGCUAGGUCCAGCCCGGGAGCUGGAGAAGCUGCACCUUGACAGGAACCAGCUGCGAGAGGUGCCUACUGGAGCCUUGGAGGGGCUGCCUGCACUCAAGGAGCUGCAGCUCUCGGGGAACCCAUUCAGGGCUCUGCAAGAUGGGGCCUUUCAGCCUGUGGGGCGGUCGCUGCAGCAGCUCUUCCUGAACAGCAGUGACCUGGAGCAGAUUUCUCCCAGGGCCUUCUCAGGCCUCGGAAAAGGGCUGCGGAGCUUGUACCUGCAGAAGAACCAACUUCAGUCCCUGCCCGCCCCGAUGUGGCUCAGCGGGCUGGAGCUCAUCGACCUGAGCGGUAAUCCUUUCCACUGUGACUGCCAGCUGCUCCCGCUGCACAGGUGGCUCACUGGGUUGAACCUGCGGGUGGGUGCCACCUGUGCCACCCCUCCCAGUGUCCGUGGCCAGAAGGUGAAGGUUGCAGCUACAAUCUUUGAAGCCUGCCCAGGCUGGACUGCCAGGAAGGCCAAGAGGACGCCAACCUCCAGGGUCAGUGCCAGGAGAACUCCCACCCACAGACGACACUGAGGAACAGAUAAGGUAGAGAAGCAAAGAGACCACAUCAGAGACUGGAGCAGCCUGUCCCUGACUCAACCAGUCCACCAGCUCUUACUGUCAUCAGGAACUGGUUCCGAGACCGCCAAAGCCUCAAGGUUGUCCUCCAGUAAGGGUUUCUUGGAGCCCGGUCUGAGGGGCCGAGUCUUAGCUGAUGAGAGUCUUUUCCCUGUGAAUAAAAAUAAAA